GUCUUGGCUCAAGUUUACUGUGGAGUACUGUGACUCCUAAUUCGCAUGCAAAAUGAAAUGCGGCUGUUUAGGAGUGAAAACUUUCCUCUUCAUUUUGGUGAGGAUUUGCCUUCGAUCCAUGACAGUGGAGGCAAAAGAAGAUACGUGCCGAUAUCUCAAGUUUAACAAACCAACUCGAGGCUUUGCGCUGGAAGGUCAUGCGCUGAAAAAGUAUUCAAUUGGAUUACACGAAUCCUGUAAAAAUCUGUGUACCAUGGACAGCCGCUGUGUCUCGUUUAACGCCGGUCCAUCAGCAAAAGUCGCAGACCAUAUGGUAUGCGAGCUGAGUGAUUCUGAUGCCAAAAGACAUCCUGGGGAUCUUAAGCCUCGUGUUGGCUUUGUCUACAGAGACACAGAGAAUCUAUGCAGGAACAUAAUUUGUUCGCAUAACGGAACUUGUCUGACUGGAUAUACAUAUAAGGGGUAUUUUUGUGAUUGCAAAGCUGGUUCGGGAUUUACCGGAGAACACUGCGAGAAAGAGAACUGGAAAAAGGUUAACGAUGCUGCUGUAUGCUUUGGGGGUGUAGAAAACACUCAAGGAGAUUUUUCAAUGAGAGAGUCCGGCCUGAUAUUCACAUUCAAGCUUGUUUAUAGGAGUGGUGAUGGAAUUAAAUGCAAUCCCGACGUUUCUGCAUCAUACUGGGGAUGUAUGAGCUCUCUAAUGGGUGAAAAGAAGCUUGUUACAGUCAUAACAUUUCCAAACAAGACAGCUUUACCAAUUGCAGACUACGCAAGAGAUACAUCGAGUUGCGGCUUCAAGUAUCAUUCAUAUCAACUUAAUGGCACUGAUGUGAACUCACCUGAGCUUGUUUUUAAAACUAUGUCUCGCCCUUUGCCAGUGUCAAUUGGCCAAGUGUUUCAAAUUUGGUAUGCAGAGGUCUUAGAUGAUUGUGCUUGGGGUAACAACAGCGGCCAGACAUGCGCCGAUGUUUAUGCGUGGUAUGCUUAAGAUCGUAAAUUGCCAACUACAACCUUAGCUUUCAUAAUGUCAGACAUGAUCAGAGUGCGAAUUCAAUGUCUGGCGGAGUUUUCUGGUUGUUGUUCAAGAAGGAGCAGUAGAUUCAGCAACUUCCCUGUAAAUGUAAUCAUAUUGAUAAUACCCCUUAAUUAACGGGUAAGCGCACUUUUAUAGCGGAGCUCGAGCGCUCGAAGUGGGCAAGCAGAAAACUAUAGCUAAGAAAAUAUGGUAGCUCAUCAAGCCAAAAAGUUUUGUUCAUCACAUGAUGGCUUUAGCCUCGUUUGUGGGUUCGUCUGUAUAGAAGACGCCUGACCUGAUGUAAUCUAUGUAUUAGUAAAGCUUUAUUAACCUACACGAUGUCAGAAAUAGCAAAACUCAUUCGUGACGUUUUUCGU